GACGAGAGAGAAAGAAGAAAGAAAGAUGAGGAAUGCAUCUUCAGCAUCAGCUCCACCUUCAUCUUCUUCAAAAACACCAUGCUGCAUCAAGGUUGGAUUGAAGAGGGGGCCAUGGACGCCGGAGGAAGACGAGGUUCUGGCCAAUUACAUCAAGAAAGAAGGAGAAGGCCGGUGGCGCACCCUCCCGAAGCGCGCCGGUCUCCUCCGCUGCGGCAAGAGCUGUCGCCUCCGCUGGAUGAACUACCUCCGCCCUUCCGUCAAGCGCGGCCAGAUCGCCCCCGAUGAAGAGGAUCUCAUUCUCCGCCUCCACCGACUUCUCGGCAACAGGUGGGCUUUGAUUGCCGGAAGAAUUCCGGGCCGGACGGAUAAUGAGAUAAAAAACUACUGGAACACACACCUGAGCAAGAAGCUGAUCAGCCAGGGAAUAGAUCCGAGAACCCAUAAGCCAUUGAACCCUAAUUCAUCUGUUGAUGUGAAAGCUUCUUCUUCAAAGGCAAAAGCUGUUAUGAACCCUAACCCUAACCCCAACCCUAAUCCUUCUCCUUCAGAAAAAGCAGCAGCCAACAAGGAAGCUGGGAACUUCAAGAGUGACAAUCAGUAUCAGAUUGGGGCAGCUGGCAAUGAUGGCAGUGCCAAUAUCCAGAAUUCGGAUGGUUCCGGGACCGGAUUGAGGAGCAGCAACAACGAAGAAGACGAUGACCUUAACUGUGGCACCGAUGAUGUCUUCUCUUCAUUUUUGAACUCAUUGAUCAAUGAGGAUUUGUUUCCUGGACAACACCAUCUCCAACAACAGCACCAUGGUGGUCUCAUUGCACCGGGCUCCGAUGCUUUGAUCUCUACUUCUUCAGUCCAGUCGUUCGGGUUCGGUACCAGCUGGGAGGCUGCAGCCAUGACUUCCACGUCUGCUUUUAGCCAAAUCGAUCACUCCAAGAGGUUUAACGAUCAACCUGAUAAGCGGUUCUGACGGCCGGUGUUCUUCAAUUUGGCUUCAACACCCUGCAAUGAGAUAUAUAGUUAAUAAGAAUUCUAGGGUUUGAGUUGUUAAUUUAUGUAUGUGGUUGUGUUGUUGUGUUAGUAUGCUUUAUUUGUAUUGUGAAC